UCAACCUUGACUAAACAUCUGGUCAUCAGAUGAAAUAUCUUGAAGUCCUCUCGAACUGCAAAAGAGAUAAUCAUGCAACCUGAACCUCCUUAUCUUCUAUCAAAACAACGAAUCUGCCGAAUUUACUGGUAUAUAAACCCAACGAAAAUGUUCAAAAAUCAGUUCUUACUUCAUCAGUUCUAUCAAGAUGCGUUGCUUAAUCGUCGUCGCCCUUUUGGCCCUCGGCCACUCUGCUUUCGCCAAGAGCGUUAGCGCUCCACGUGCUUUCGAAGACAUUAUCAUCAACACCGUCGAAUGUGUUCGUGGUGAGAUGUUGGUUGGAUGGCCAGAUUUUGGAAUCCCCCAUUUGAACCCACUCAGAAUUGAAGACCACACCUUCAACUUUGCCGAUUUCGGACUUGAUGGUGUUACUGGUGAAUUGACCGUUACCGACUUAGUCUUCAGCGGAUUGAUUGAUUUCACUUAUGAUGGAAUUAGUGGCACCAUUGGUUUAAUCCCACCAAGCUACACCAUCAAAAUCACUUUACGUUUCGCCAAUCCAAUUCUUUCCACCAAUUACGUCAACGUGCUCACCUCCGAUACUAUCAACACUUGGGGAACUGGAACUUUGGACUUCUCAGCCCGCAACUUCCGUGCUGCCGUCGAUCUUAAAGCCACCAUCCUCGGUGGAAUUAAAUUGGAAUACUUCCACAUCAUCGUUGGUAUGGACCCACUUGAUAGCUUUGUUAUCACUGGUGUCCGUGACGAUGAAGCUUACAGCGCUGAAGUUAGCGCCGAUAUCUUAGCCAACGGCGCCACCAUCAUUGAUGAAAACGCUGACAGAAUCGACGAAGUCGCUAGUGAAGUCGUUUUGGGAAUGAUCAACGAAGGAGAUGGUGGUGAAGAAGAUGGUUUCAUCGGCGGCAUCAUCGACAGAUGUCUUGGUGGUCGUUAAUGAAUCAAUUAAUGUAAUUUUUUUUAAUUACAAUUGAACAAUAAAAUUAAUUCUU